UCGGCGCUCAGCACGCAGGGAAACAUGCCCGCCACGCCACCAGACUUCGGAGGCUUCUUCGUGGACCGGAACUUGGGGAUGAUGGCCAUGGGGGCCCCCGGCCCAGGUCCCGGCUAUCUGGGGGCCCAGCAGCGGCAGGAUCUCGGGCUCCCCGUCACCUACUCGGGACUGCACGGAUACAACUUGCUCCCCUUGGCGGCCCACCAACACCACCACAGACACGUCACACACAUGGGCAACACCUUUGACCUGAAGACCGCCAUCUCCCCCUACCACCAUGCGCUGCUGGCCCGCGGGGGUCCCUUCUUCCCACCCUACCGGCCCGGCCCCGCGGAGGAGCCCGGGCGCGGGGGCGCCAAGGUGGCCACUCGCGAGAGCACGGGGGCGCUGAAGGCCUGGCUGGGCGAGCACCUGAAGAACCCGUACCCCACCAAGGGCGAGAAGGUCAUGCUGGCCAUCAUCACCAAGAUGAGCCUGACGCAGGUCUCCACCUGGUUCGCCAACGCGCGCCGCCGUCUCAAGAAGGAGAACCGUGUCAGCUGGGCCUCAUCCAGGUCCAAGUCUGACGAGGAGGACGAGGAGCAGGAGAGCGAGGACGAAGAGGAGGAGGAGGAGGAGGAGGGGGAGGGGGAGGGGCCCCUGAGGAGGAGCCACGCCCGGGAGGAGACGGAGCGGCCGGCCGGCGAGAGCUCGCCGGGGAACGCGGCGGACGUGUGCGUGACGUCGCGGGACAGGGGCGAGGGAGCGCACGGGCGGGCCCAUCACACGCCAUCCCCUCCGCAGAGCAAAGACACUCCGAAGCCCAAAAUCUGGUCGCUGGCCGAGACCGCCACAUCGGAGACGGUGAAGAAACCAGCGCAGCACGAGUACCAGUCGGCAGGGAGGAUGUGGGCCGAGUGGGCCUCCAGAGGCGCGCUUCUGGUGCCCGCCUGCUACACUGCCCACGAAAUCCACUAACGACACCCCCCACCCUCCGAAACCCUCAGACAUUGUCCACUAUUGAUGCACUUUAACCUCUCAGACGACAGGGAUCCGAGUUCAACCCUGGAAAUCUGUUUCCACACCAAAGAUGUUUGAAAUGUAAAUAAAUGUAGAUGUAUUUUUCCAACAAACCUGUAAAUUAUAUUUCCUUUGUUCUACUGACGAAGGAAUAUUUUUACUUAAAUAAA